UGAAAUCACGUGCAUAAGCGUUUAAAAUGCGAUCCCGGCGUUCGCUCUUGCUCUUGCGCACUGUCCGCAAAUUCCCAAUUCGCCACUUUUCCCAUUCUCGAUGUAGACAGCAGACACCGUGGCUUGAGAGUGCAAGAGAACGGGCCAAGUCAUUGGCCAAUGUGAGCCUACUGGAGCGGACAGAUGCCUGGAAGACGAGGGCGAACUUGACGCUCUCACAGUUGGGCGGAAGACUAAACGAGGUGACGGGGUAUCAUACUAUAGAAGAGCUCAAGAGAAGUGUGGUCGAAAAAGAGCAAGAGAUAUCGCGACUAAAAGAAGAUGCACACUCCGUCAAACUAUCUUACGAGGAGGCGGUCUUGACGCGUUCCGCAUGUCAACGUGAGAUAAACGACUUGCUGCCGCGCAAAUCAAAUUGGUCCGAAUCGGAUGUCUCCCAUUUCACCAAUCUCGUCCGGCAAGACCACGUCAACGCCCAGGCUGAAGUCACAGCUAAAAAAAAAUUAGAUGAUACAGAGAGAAAACUAGAGACUGCUUUUGACGAUCUUAUGCGCUCUAUCCUUAAUCGGUAUCAUGAAGAACAAAUAUGGAGUGACAAAAUUCGAAGCGCAAGUACCUAUGGACAACUCCUCGCCCUCGCCCUCAACUUGGUCGUCUUCAUCGCCGCUAUUAUUGUUGUGGAGCCGUAUAAACGGAAGAGAUUACGCGAAAGCCUCGAGGAUCGCAUCGAACUGUUGGAAAAGGCAAAUCGGCAGCUCAUGGAAGAAGGGAUGAAGAACAUCAAUGAGCAUUUUGCGAAUCAGGAGGAGAUCCUCACAAGACUCGCUACUGCCGCCACUAGUCACAGACUCAUGUCAGCCGAUGACAGCCCGCCAUCGUCAUUACCCCCAGCUGAGGUACAAUUACCUUGGACUUCAUACCAAAUUCCUAUAUACAAUCCGCAAGUUUGGUCAGCUGCUGCUGGUGCGGUGGGGGGCAUCAUUAUCACCCUGCUACUCAAAUCGACAGCGGUGGUAUGA